UUCUGAAACGUGAUGACAUAAUUCGGAGAACCUCACAGUCAGCUGUGCCGUUACAUGUCCGUCGCUUGGCAAGAGCGAAGAUUGAAAAUAACAAAAGCUAAUUUGGGGUUUACAUUAUGGACAAGAAUGCAACGCAAUACAAUGUACAACUCUAUGUUUAUGAUCUAUCGAGAGGGAUGGCUCGCAGCCUCAGCCCCAUCAUGUUAGGAAAGCAACUGGAUGGUAUAUGGCACACAGCAAUAGUGGCAUACGGUGAUGAGUUCUUCUUCGGAGGGGAGGGGAUCUCCAGCUGUUCGCCGGGUGGGACGAUGCUGGGCCCUCCAGACACAGUGGUGGAGCUGGGCGAGACAGAAGUAUCUGAGGAGAUCUUCAUGGAUUACCUCUCUGCCCUAGGAGAAAGCGCAUACAGAGGUGACAGGUAUCGCCUGUUUGAGCACAACUGCAACACCUUCACCAAUGAGGUGGCUCAGUUUAUGACGGGCAGGUCCAUCCCAUCCUACAUCACCGACCUUCCAUCGGAAGUCCUCUCCACACCGUUUGGCCAGAUACUGCGGCCCAUCCUGGACUCCAUCCACAUCGCCCCUCCAGGAGGAAACGUCAUAAACGGCGCAAGAAACAUGUGAUCUGGGGGAGCAGCAGAGUUACCGUGGUGACCAGUCACCAGGUCACUUUUAUUAGAGUCAGACCGUCAAACCAAUCGUCUAUCUUUCUUCUUUCUUUCUGUAAAUAAGCUACACAUUAGCAAUGAAGCUAAAGGCCAUUUUGUAAAUUAUAACUGAUAACUUACCAGUAAAUCCUUAAAAAUCAUCAUCCACAUAUAAUUUCCUCCUUCAAACCGAGUUGGUUCAUGAGAACUACUGAGGAGAAACUCAGAGCCCGCUUCAUGAAGUUUGAUGGAGCAAAUUCAAUACACUGCAAAGUAAAUACAAAACACAGCCGUGGAUUAAAAGUUAUUUUCCAACACUAAAAGCUGAUUUUGAUCAAUGUUGCCUUUUUACAAAUACAUAUAUGUCUAAUUUCCAAGUAAGCUUUUUAAGAAGUGAAAUGUAACUAAGUUUAUUUGGAUUUGUGGCACUGCAGCGUGAUUUACCAUUCACAUUAGGGCUGCCGGCAUAUCCGAUUUUCACUAUGUGAUUAAUGAGGACAAAAUAAUGCACAGUAACGAUAAUAUCCUGUUUUCUACAGAACAUUUGAAAAAAUUAUAAUUAUAAUGCUAGCGGUCAAAUUCAACUUUAACUUUGUUUAUUGUGUGUUUUGUUUUGUUUCUUGGCAACUUAUUUAUACUCAAAAUGAGGGUGUAAGGGGGUGGAGAGAGAGUCUGUAAUCAUAACUGUAUAUAUAAAAUGAUUUAAUAGGUGCUGGAUUAUUAACGCAAUAUCAGAUUUAUAUUAUUAAUACAACAUCAACAUUUCAAUUUGAAAUAUUACAGUUAUCUUCAAUACCGGUAUAUCGCAACAACGAUAAUUUUGAUUUUGCAAGAAUUUAUACAUAGGCAGAUUGCACUUUUCACUCCACUACUGUAUCUGAUGGCAGUAAUUUAACCACCUACAACAUUAAAAUACCUCUUGCACAUUAGUGCAUUCUGCUUA